AUGCCAGUGCCAACCGAUCCACAGUUACAUUCGUCUACAUCAGCACAGCUUGAUGAAUCCGAUCUACCACUCUUACCAGAAACAACUUGGCAAGAUAUUAUAAACUGCUCGUUUCCGUCGUGGCACGAUCAAUUCCGAGGGGUGACCUUUAGAUCAAAGACAUUGGCAUUGCCUUCAGAAUUCGUCGAUUACUUGAAUGCCGAUGGCAUUUUUUUGCCCGAGGAAGGCCAGCCACAAGCAGCAGCAACAAUUGAAGAGAUAGACGACGACGACGACGACUCUGAAACCGAAAAUAGCGACAGCGGUGACCCGUCUAUUAAACCAAACUUUCCUGCUAUUGAAUCGUUCAUUCGAGACGCUGUACAAGAACUUGGCGGUGCUGUCUUCCCUAAACUGACGUGGAGUUCGCCACGCGACGCUGCAUGGAUAGCCGCCACCCAGUCCUUGAAAUGCACUUCGCCGUUUGAUGUGUUUCUGCUUUUGAAAUCCUCGGAUUUUAUCAACCAUGACUUGAACCACGCGUUCGAAAACUGUAUCGGUAGCAAUAGCACAUCAGAGGGAGAAGGUAUCCAGCAUCAUUUGGUACUGCGGAAGUGGCAAGAUCUGCAACCAUCGAUGGAGUUUAGAGUUUUCAUCAAAAACAAGGAAAUCGUUGCUAUAUCACAACGCGAUCUCACGUUCUAUAACUUUCUAGAAGGAAUGAAAGACGAUAUAGAAGAUAUGAUUUUUGACUUUUUCGAAGAUUCGGUGCAACAGGUGUUCCCCAGCACUAAUUAUGUUAUGGACGUCUAUGUGGAAAGAGAACGACGAAAAGUAUGGAUUGUUGAUUUCAAUCCCUUUACCCCUGCCACCGAUGGACUCCUCUUUGAAUGGUCAGAACUAGCUCAGUUGAAUUUUGAUGCUUCCUCUCAAACUGACAAUCAGGAGCCCGAGUUCCGUAUCAUCCGAUCUGAAGCCGAAGCGAAUACCCACGUAUGCAAUGGACCUCGAUUCGCAACCAAUAUGAUUCCACGCGAUGUGAUUGAUUUGUCAGAUGGUCGGACUGUGGCAGAGUUUGCUGAAGAGUUCCAACGAGCCAUGAUGUUGGCAGAAUCUCAAUUGAAUGAUAACAAUAGUACUACUAGCGAAGACGAUGAUGAUGAUGCUGGUCAUAAUGAACGAUGA